AUGGCAACCGAUAAAGUUAAAGUGGCUGUGCGCGUUCGGCCCAUGAAUCGCCGAGAGGUGGAUCUUGCUGCAAAAUGUGUUGUAAAUAUGGAUACCACGCAGACUGUGCUGUAUCAUCCAAAAGACAGCAUUAUACAAUCAAGUUCGAAAACACCUUCUCCCUCAGAAGAGAUUGGGGAAUCUGGAGGACGAAAGGCACCAAAGACCUUUGCAUUCGAUCAUUGCUUUUGGUCAAUGGAUGAGAAAGAUCCUAAAUUUGUGGGCCAAGCGAAAGUAUUUGAGUGCCUCGGCCGUGACAUCUUGGAAUUGGCCUAUGAAGGUUAUAAUGGCUGUAUUUUCGCAUAUGGACAAACUGGUUCAGGCAAGUCCUAUACAAUGAUGGGCACUGCAGAUGAAAAAGGAAUAAUUCCUCGUUUGUGUGAUGCCCUUUUUGAAAAAAUAGCCUCAAAUGAUGAUCCUGAGCUAACAUACAAAGUGGAAGUUUCCUACAUGGAGAUAUAUAAUGAGAAAGUUCAUGACCUUCUUGACCCCAAAGGAGGCAAGCAAAACCUGCGGGUUCGAGAGCAUAACAUCUUGGGCCCUUAUGUUGAUGGACUCUCAACGUUAGUAGUAUCAUCAUUUGAGGAUAUUGACAACUUAAUGAAUGAAGGUAACAAGUCUAGGACUGUAGCAGCAACAAAUAUGAAUAGUGAGAGCAGCCGCUCACAUGCAGUUUUCAAUAUUAUUGUCACUCAGACUCUAGUGGACACUGAAUCUAUGGUGAGUGGUGAGAAAGUCAGCAAGCUAAGUUUGGUGGAUUUGGCUGGCAGUGAACGAGCUCAGAAGACUGGUGCUGUCGGUGAACGCUUGAAAGAAGGAAGCAAUAUCAACAAAUCACUCACCACACUAGGUCUUGUUAUCUCUGCAUUAGCUGACCAGGCAGCUGGCAAGAAUAAAAACAAAUUUGUGCCAUAUCGAGAUUCUGUUCUAACAUGGCUUCUGAAGGACAAUCUUGGUGGCAACAGCAAGACUGUGAUGGUAGCAACUGUAAGCCCAGCAGCUGAUAAUUAUGAAGAAACACUAUCUACUUUGCGCUAUGCUGAUCGUGCAAAGCGAAUUAUCAAUCAUGCCGUGGUCAAUGAGGAUCCAAAUGCUCGCAUCAUUCGAGAACUUCGUGAGGAAGUUGUUAUGUUACGCAACCAACUCAGUGAAGCACAGAGCAUGAAAGCCCCUGAUUUGAAAGAACGUCUCGAAGAGUCAGAGAAGCUUAUCAAAGAAAUGACAAAGACUUGGGAAGAAAAAUUGGCUGAAACAGAAAAAAUUCAUCAAGAAAGACACAAAGCCCUGGAAAACAUGGGCAUUUCUGUGCAGACAUCAGGCAUCAAGGUGGAACAGAGCCGCUAUUAUUUGGUCAAUCUGAAUGCUGAUCCUUCCCUCAAUGAACUCCUUGUCUAUUACCUCAAGUUUUUCUUCUCCCAACCACUUUUGUUUUCCUACUUCUCUAUUAUCUGGAUUCACCUUACCCUUCUUUCUUUGUCUACCUAUUUUCACCAAUUCUUUCUUUCAAGCUUUCUCUCACCUACUAUUUGUCUCUCUCAUUCACCUUCUCUCAUUGCCUCUUCCCUGCUGACUAAUUCUGUCUCUUUUGUACACACUCUCAUUAAGUUGAUUUGGCCUUCUCUCUUUUUCUGUACCUAUAUCGUUCAUUAUUUGUCUGACUUUGUUCAUUUCUCUGGUUUCUUUUUAUUCUCUGCUUUUUGUUCACAUAUCACUUUUUUAAUGUGUUUUCGAUAA